CGCGACGACAACCACGCAGCACAACUGCCAGCUUAAAAGCAUGUCGGCGCCUCUUCCAAAGCGCAUCCUCAAGGAAACAGAGCGUCUCGUCUCUGACUCGCCGCCUGGCAUCACCGCUACGCCGUUUGAAGACAACUUGCGCUACUUUGACAUCAAGAUUGAUGGACCUGCACAGUCUGCAUAUGAAGGAGGAACAUUCAAGCUAGAGUUGUUUUUACCAGAAGAGUAUCCUAUGGUUGCGCCCAAGGUCCGCUUCCUCACGAAAAUUUAUCAUCCCAAUAUCGACAGACUGGGUCGUAUUUGUAUGGAUACGCUCAAGAGUGCCUGGUCUCCUGCAUUACAGAUUCGCACAGUGCUCCUCUCGAUUCAAGCACUCCUGUCUGCGCCGAACCCCGAUGACCCUCUUGCGAAUGAUGUAGCGAGCGCGUGGAAGGAGGAUGAAGCAGCUGCCAUUAGAACGGCUCAGUCAUGGACACAGCAGUAUGCAAAACCGUAGACAUAGAAGCAAUGCAAAUGAAUGAGACAAAAGAUGGCGUGAAUGUAGAUGCUAAGGACAACGUUGAAGUUACAAAUCAACGGGAAGACUUGGCCGGUGCAGGCUUUGCACCUUUAGCUCCCAUCUUGGACACCUUCUGCUCAGCCUGCCUUGCACCAGCCUUGGCCUUGGCGAGCUUCUUUGCGCUCUCGGAAGCAGCCUUCUUCUCCUUUCGCUGCUUCAAGCUCUCUGUCCGUGCAGCCGCACGCGCUUCUGGUCGCUGACGCUUCUUGAUAUCAUCGAGUGAUGCACCCACAAUAGCACGCUGAACCUUGACCGUCUUGCGUGUUCGCUUCUUUGCAGUCUCCUCUGCCUGUCCCUUCUUGUGCAUACGACGGAACAACACAGUCCAUCCGAUCUUACGAGGGUUCUUGCGUUGAAGGAAGAGAGACUCGGACUUGCCGUUGAAGAAACGGAAGACGCGGUUGUCGAUACGCACAAAGAG